GGUCGGCGAAAAGUCCCCUCCCCGCAGCGGCGGCGGCGAGGGGCGCAUUCGCGGCGCGCGCCGCGGUGGGCGGGGGGACGGGCUGCCGCUGCUUCCGGCAGUGCCCACCCUGACCGCCACUGGCCCGAGGCUGGGGGCCCUCUGCUUGCCGAGCGAGCUCUUGAUGAUCCGGGGGCAGCAUCGCUCUACCACGUCCAUGACACAGGCCUUCGGCCCUGCCACCACGAGUUCGUUCAGGAGCGAAUUCGCGCUCAGCUUCUUCGUCAAGAAAUCCCCACUGUUCGCCGCUGCCCCAGAGCGCCCCGAUGCCUCGGCGAGGG